GGCCGCCCCCUCCCUCGCUCCCUCCCUCCCUCCUUCCCUCCGUCUGUCCGUCCAUCCGUCCGCCCGUCCAUCCCCGCCGCCGCUGCGAGCGCGGCUCCGCCGCCCCUGCCCCUGCCCCAGCCCGGCCACUUGUUGCGCGGGGCGGGCGCUGGGCUGGCCCCGGCGGGGCCGUGCGGGCAUGGUGGAGAACACGCGUGGGGCGGCCCCCGCGGCUCUGGUGAGCGGGUGCCGGGGCGGGGGCGCUCCCGGCUGCCAACUUGCGAAGUUGGAGCCGGGGCCGGGGCCGGGGCUGAGCGCGGCCGCCGUGUGCUCCGCGCCCGGGGCGCUGCCCGCGCGGGUGCUGCGGCUGGAGGCGGUGAUGGAGAACCUGCAGCGGCAGCAAGCGGCGCGGCUGGCCCGGGCCGACGGGGAGCCGGGGCCGGGGCCGGGGCCGGGGCCGGGGUCGGCGCCGGGGGCGCGGCUGCAGCAGCGGCAGGCGCUGGCGCUCCGACACUGCCAGGCGGUGCGCUGCGGGCUGCAGCCGGACGACGACGAGGACGAGGAGGACGAGGCCGGCGGGGACGGGGACGGGGACGGGGACGGGGACGAGGACGAGGAGGCGCCCCGCUGCCCGGACGCCCCCGGCCCGCUGUCCCCCGCGCCGCCGCCGCCCCACGAGUGGACCUACGAGGAGCAGUUCAAGCAGCUGUACGAGCUGGACGACGACCCCAAGCGAAAGGAGUUCCUGGACGACCUCUUCGGCUUCAUGCAGAAGCGAGGGACGCCCGUGAAUCGCAUCCCCAUCAUGGCCAAGCAGGUGCUGGACCUGUACACGCUGUACCGGCUGGUGACCGACAAGGGCGGCCUGGUGGAGGUGAUCAACAAGAAGAUCUGGAGGGAGAUCACCAAAGGCCUCAACCUGCCCACCUCCAUCACCAGCGCCGCCUUCACCCUGCGCACCCAGUACAUGAAGUACCUGUACCCCUACGAGUGCGAGAAGCGAGCGCUCAGCUCCCCGGGCGAGCUCCAGGCCGCCAUUGACAGCAACCGGCGGGAGGGCCGGCGGCAGAGCUUCAGCGCCGCGCUCUUCAGCUACUCGCCCGUGGGCACGCCCGCCAUGCUGGCCUCCCCCAAGGGCCCCGUGCCUGCCCUCGCCCUUGCCACCCACGGCUGCAGCCAGCUCGCCCAGGUGCACGCCAUCAAGAAAGCAGAAGAUGGCCUGCUGUCCGCGGCGGUGCCUGGGCGCCUCACCAUCCCCGUGAGCCUGGCGGGGCACCACCUGGCAGCCGCCUCCCAGGCCGCGGCGCUGGAGCAGCUGCGGGAGAAGCUGGAGACGGGGGAGCCCCCCGAGAAGAAGAUGGCACUGAUGGCAGAGGAGCAGCAGCGGCUGGUGCAGCACGCCCUGCAGCAGAACCUCCUGGCCAUGGCCUCCCAGCUCCCCAUGAGCGUCAAGAUCGGCAGCCGAGAUGACAGACAGGAGACUGCAUUGAACCUGUCCACCACAGGUAUUAGCAGCAUCAACAUGUCAAUAGAAAUAAAUGGAGUUGUCUACACAGGUGUCCUGUUCGCCCGCCGGCCAGCGGUGCCCGGAGCCCCCAGCAGCGCCGGCGGGGGCAACACCCAUGGGCGGGCAAGCCCAGCGCCCUCCCAGAACCAGCUGCUGUCAACCUCUUCCCACAGCCACACUCCCGCCAGCACCUCGCCGUGAGCGGGGGGGACCGCCAGCCCCAGCCCCCACCCCUCCAUCCUCCCUCGCACCCGAGGACGAAGCACCCCUGAGCUAUGCCCA